AUGACAAACAACUUCCAAAGAGCUCUCGGUGAAGGAGGGUUUGGUACCGUAUAUCAUGGUGAUCUAGAUAGUUCACAACAAGUAGCUGUCAAGGUCGAUCUCCUUCUAAGGGUUCACCACAUAAAUUUGUUAAACCUGGUCGGUUAUUGCGAUGAACGAGAUCACUUGGCUCUUAUCUACGAAUACAUGUCGAAUGGAGACCUAAAACACCAUUUGUCAGGAGAACAUGGUGGCUCUGUCUUGAGUUGGAAUAUACGACUACGAAUAGCUGUCGAUGCCGCACUAGGGUUGGAAUACUUACAUAUUGGAUGUCGACCAUCAAUGGUGCAUAGAGAUGUAAAAAGUACAAAUAUACUGUUGGACGAGAAUUUCAUGGCAAAAAUUGCUGAUUUUGGACUUUCAAGAUCUUUCAUACUCGGAGGUGAAUCUCAUGUGUCGACUGUUGUUGCUGGUUCACUUGGAUAUCUUGAUCCCGAAACAAGUCGAUUGGCUGAGAUGAGCGAUGUGUACAGUUUUGGGAUUGUGUUAUUGGAGAUAAUCACAAACCAACGUGUGAUUGACAAAACCCGUGAAAAGCCCCACAUAACAGAAUGGACGGCAUUUAUGCUUAAUAGAGGAGAUAUUACCAGAAUCAUGGAUCCUAACCUUAACGGUGAUUACAACUCCCAUUCAGUCUGGAGAGCUCUUGAAUUGGCAAUGUCAUGUGCAAAUCCUUCGUCAGAAAAUAGACCAAGCAUGUCCCAGGUUGUUGCUGAACUGAAAGAGUGUCUUAUUUCUGAAAACUCGCUGAGAAGUAAGAAUCAAGAUAUGAGCUCACAAAGAUCCUUGGACAUGAGCAUGAACUUUGAUACCAAGGAUGUCCCAAGUGCAAGGUAG